AUGUCGCUGCAACACACUAACGCAAAGAAAGUAGUCGUCCUGGGUGCAGGAGUGGUAGGACUGACUGUUGCAUUGACGAUACAGGAGAAGGGCGGUUAUGACGUGACCAUCAUCGCGGAUACGUUCCCUAGCGAUCCCAACAAUGCAAAGUAUGCAAGCCAUUGGGCAGGCGCAUGGCACGCCAUAUACAAAGGCACUCGCGAGCCGGAGCGACAGAUUCAACGCGACACGUUCAAGGUGAUGUGGGACCUCUCUGAGCCAGGCAGCGAGGCCGAGGGGUGCUUCCGCCGCAUUAAGACGAGAGAGUACUACUACGAGAAGACGGACAUCGAUGCAAGCUGGAUGCCCGACUUCCAGCCCCUUCCGAUCAACUCCCUCGUCCCCCCCACCAAGUCCGGCUAUACGUACAGCACCUACACGGUCGACCCGCCGCUCUACCUCAAUUACCUCCUCGCGCGCUUCCUCGCUCGCGGCGGAGUCAUCGUUCGUGGCACCGUACUGCACAUCAGCCAGGUGAUUGAGGGCGGGCCAGACGUAUUCGCUCGCGGGCACGCAUCGCCCGCGCCGAUCGACGCGCUGGUGGUGUGCUCAGGCAUCGGCGCGCGCACGCUCGGCGGCGUGGAGGAUACGGAAGUUAUCCCGAGCCGUGGCCAGGUCGUCACGCUGCGCGCGCCGUGGGUCUCGGAGGGCAAGCGGGUGACCGAUGCGAGUGGCACGAUGAUCACGUAUGUGAUCCCGCAUAGGAAGGGAACGGUGGCCUUGGGCAGCACGAAGGAUCAAAAUGACUGGUAUCCCGUACCUCGUCCGAAGACAACCGAGGACAUCCUUCAGCGCUGCCUCGGCCUGAUGCCCGAGCUCGCUCCCCCUGAGAUCGCCCGCGAGCGCAAGGCGACGGUCGACGAUCUCCGCCCUCUCAUCGUCGAGGUCGGUGUUGGCCUUCGGCCCGCGAGAAAGGGCGGUAUCAGGCUGGACAUGGAGUGGGUCGACGACAAGGAUCACGGGCGGAAAAUCCCAGUGGUGUACAACUAUGGGCAUGAUGGCAGCGGCUUUGUGUUCUCGUGGGGAUGUGCGACCAGAAUCUUGAACAUGUUGGAAGAUGCGCUGAGCAAGUGA